AUGGAAAAUAACCAGGGAGAUCUCCAAACUUCUGAAGAUAAGAGCAUCAGGAAAAAUAGUGACUCGAACUGUUUCGAGGCCACACUCAAAAACUAUGAAGAUAUCUUGAUGAGACUUAAUAGAAUCAACGUGCCGACAAUUAACGUCAAGCCUAAAUUCGAAGCAGAGAAUGUUCCGCCUCUGCUGAGCAUUACACCUAUUCAUGAGCAUAAUUUCUUAUUUCCUCAGGCAGAACCUCUUGCUAAAGGGAAACUGAGUGACCUUCCACUUGACAACAAAAGAAGGUUACAGCCGAUAGACAAUGAAGAGAAGGGUGAUAAGAGCAAAGAAUCUACUCCUGGGCCUGAUAAAGCCUUCUUUCAUUUUACUUUCAAUAAUUUCAUUGUCCCUAUAGGAGGAUCUAAACCUUCUCUUGAUUUUUGUGAGAACUUUGCUGAAAAACUAAAAGAUUCUUCACUUGAAAAUAACGAGAACAAGGAAGAUAGCAAAGAGGAAAAUAAAUAAACCUGCUGAUGAAGACAGCCAAGAUAUAGACCCUCUUAAAGGACAUCAAUACGAGCUAAAGUUUGAGUACAAUCCUGAGAGUAAGAGAAGUAGAAGGGUAAUCAUUUGUAAAUAUGAAAACUGUAACAAAGAGUUCGUCAAGACUUGGAAUAUAGUAGAUCAUUUUAGAAUCCAUACCAAGGAAAACCCAUUUAAAUGUAAAAUUUGAGAUAAAGAUUUCACCCAGAAAGGAAAUCUGAAGAAACAUUUGAAGAAGCACAAAAACGAGGUUGCUGAAGACAUCCAAAAAUUUAAAUGUGAGAAAUGUGAGUGUAAAUACUCCUCUGAGUUCAACCUCAGGUUGCAUAUGAGAAAGGAAGGGCACUAAUCCUCGUUCAGAUAAUAUUAUCUCAAGUUUAACAUAGCUCAACA